UGGUCUAUUGCAAAGAAGAAGAAGAGACACAGUUUCUGAGCUGGCCAUACUCUCUUGUUUUGGUUGACCUUCUUUGAUUUGUCUAUCUAUCCAAGAUGGCGUCGCUGGUGGGAUUGCGCGCAUGUUUCUCCGCCCUACAGCUGACUUCACCGAGCCUCCUGCACAGCUCCAUUAGAUUGUCUGCUGUGCCCCUUUGUCGGCGGACCUAUGCUGCAGAGGCCAAGAAGACAUACAGCAGAGACAAGCCCCAUGUAAACAUUGGAACAAUUGGCCACGUGGAUCACGGAAAGACAACCCUGACUGCAGCCAUCACAAAAGUGCUCGCUGAAGCUGGUGGUGCUAACUUUAAAAAGUAUGAGGAAAUUGACAAUGCCCCCGAGGAGAAGGCCAGAGGAAUCACCAUCAACGCCUCUCAUGUAGAAUAUACCACAGCCAACAGACAUUACGCUCACACAGACUGUCCUGGACAUGCUGACUACGUCAAGAACAUGAUUACGGGCACAGCCCAGAUGGACGGCUGCAUCCUGGUGGUGGCGGGCACUGACGGACAGAUGCCUCAGACACGAGAGCACAUCCUGUUGGCGCGGCAGAUUGGUGUCGAGCAUGUGGUGGUUUUCAUCAACAAGGCAGACGUGGUGGAUGACAAAGAGAUGCUGGAGCUGGUGGAGAUCGAGAUCCGCGAGCUGCUCACAGAGUUCGGAUACGAUGGCGAUAACGCGCCGGUUGUGAUCGGCUCGGCCCUCUGCGCCCUGGAGAACAGACAACCUGAACUGGGGGUGAAUGCAGUGAUGAAUCUGCUGGAGCAGGUGGACGAAUACAUCCCUCUGCCCAAAAGACAGCUGGAAAAACCUUUUCUACUUCCCGUUGAAGGAGUGUGUUCAAUCCCAGGCAGAGGCACAGUGGUGACAGGCACUUUGGAGAGGGGGGUCAUCAAGAAAGGAGACGAGUGUGAGUUUGUGGGUCACAACCGCAGCUUCAAGUCGGUUGUUACAGGUAUCGAGAUGUUCCACAAGUCUCUGGAUCGGGCGGAGGCAGGAGAUAAUCUGGGCGCUCUGGUUCGCAGUUUGAAGAGAGAGGAGGUCAGGAGAGGGAUGGUGAUGUGCAAACCAGGAUCCAUCAUGCCUCACAAGAAAAUCCAGGCCCAGGUGUAUGUUCUGAGUAAGGAGGAGGGAGGCAGACACAAACCCUUUGUCUCCAACUUCAUGCCUCUCAUGUUCUCUCUGACCUGGGAUAUGGCCUGCAGGGUCACUCUGCCCGAGGACAAGGAAAUGGUGAUGCCCGGGGAGGACACCUCCUUGACGCUCACGCUCCGGCAGCCGAUGGUCCUGGAGAAAGGCCAGAGGUUCACUCUGAGAGACGGAAACAGAACCAUCGGCACCGGCCUGGUCACAGACAUCCUGCCCGUUACAGAUGAAGACCUUCACAACUGGGGCUGAAAAAGAAAAUCUGCACAGAGAAUAGGGAUGGGGGGAGGGGUCACUGGGGGGGGUCAGGGAGGAAGGGUCUGCGUUUAUCUGGUAACAAAUCAAAAAAUUGAAGAAAUAUACAAAUACAAACCCAUGCACCAACCUGAAACAAGAAAAGACUGAAAGGAUUUCAUGGCUCUGUUGUGCAGGUUCAAACAUCCAACAUCUCUGAAAGUUUAAACGCUGUCUUUAUGUUAAGAAGCCACACGGUCAAAGUACGUCAUUUAUGUAAUAAAAUGUAUUUAAAGAAAGGAAUUAAGGAAAUGCCUCCUUCUUGUUGUGGGAAUCGCUAGCAAGAUGAUUAAAAAGAAUACUCAAUAAAUAUCAAAAUAUUAUCAA